AUGGAGUCCUCUAUGCUUCCAAAACAUUUUAGUGUUAGUGUAAUUAAUUUACCAACAACAUCAACCAACCAUAUACCAUUGGAAACUAAUUUUUUAAAUUUAAUUGACCAAAGAAAACAUGCAUUAUCAGAGGAAAAUAUUCCCCAGACAGAUUAUUUUCACGUUUAUUUCAAUGUUCGUGGACAAAGUUUUCAAGAAAAAUUGAAGUUAUCCGAUUCCACACUACGAGAAUUGUUAACAAAAUUAUUUGAAAAACAUCAACUGGACAUAGAUCGCUGUCAGAUAUGUUUACGUGGUACACAAACACCGGUAUCACUCGAUCUACAAUCAAAUAACAAACGAUUAUUAGUGGGAAACGAUUUGAUUGUGACGGAUAAUAAUGAUAAUUUUUCUUGUGUGACAAUGGAGGAUACGGUAACAGCUGUCUCACCUCCAGCUUCUGCUCCACCAGUGACCACGAGCAAUAGUCUUCGUCGCUUAUCAAUUUGUCGUAUUACAGACGUUUUAAAAUAUCGUCGAAAAUCAUGUUCAAAUACCGAACUAUUAAUACCAUCUCCAUCUCCUACUAGUCAAAAAUCUGAUUCAUCACCAUCAACAUCGACAACAACAUCGUUUACAUUUACAUGGAAUUGUACAAAUACAACAUUGACAGAAGAAGAAGUUGGUACAUCAUCGUUAACAUCAUCGACAUCGUCAAUGGAAGAGGAAUCAUUACUAAAAGAAAUCAAUUUUAAUCAAAAACGUGUUAGAAAAAAUGGUUUAUCAACAGCCGAUGAAAAUUGGACAAUAAACAAUUAUACAAAUGUUUCAGGAUCUAUGAUGGCUGCUUGUAUUCACAAACAAAAAAGUAUAAGUUGUGAUGAUAUGACACUAAUUUCAAGUGGAGAUGAAGGCGGAACAACAAUAAGACAAAAUGAUGUCGCAAAUACAUCAUGGUCAAGUACAACAACGACUGAUAACAGUAGACAUUUAAAAAAGAUUCAUUAUGAAAAAGGGAAUGGAUCUACAAAGAUUAAUCCACGAUUUAAUUCGGCAAUUGCAAAAUCAUCGGCUAUUAAAGAACGAAAUGAAAAACGAAAUUCAAUGGGAUCAACGCCAUUGGCAGCCGUAUGUCAAAUGUAUUCGCAGAAUUCAGCUAAAUCAUCAUCAUCAAAACGCUUAUCAAGUCAAUGUAUGGACGAUGAUUCAAAUUCUACAAGUAAUAUUCCAUCUCAAAGUGGUACGACUAGUAAUGAUAUUGGAAAUAAAUCACGAUUAGUCAAGCCAACAAGAUCAGGAUUAUUCACUGGAGGAAUAUUUACAAGAGUAAGUUAA